GCCAUUUUAUUUCUUCAGAACAGAAGCAGCAGGUUGCACACAUUUCACUGUUUUGUCUCCGCACGGCCCGGGCACGUUGAGCAGACCGCCUUAACUAAGUGUUUGUCCGCUUAUGUGAGAGUAAGUUGGUCUAGGGGACCUAUAUGUAUAUGAGGCGCAUCUUGCUUUGGUUCAUGGUCUGACUUUGUGAAAACGGUGAAGGAGAGAAGGUGAAAGAUGACGCAGUUUUUACCCCCGAAUUUGCUGGCCCUCUUUGCACCGCGGGACCCGAUACCCUUCCUGCCUCAGCUGGAGAAGUUGCCCCACGAGAAACAUCACAACCAACCUUACAGUGGCAUUGCUCCGUUCAUCAGACAUUUCGAGGAUCCUAGAGAUGCUCCUCCACCAACAAGAGCCGAGACUAGGGAGGAGCGUCUGGAGAGAAAGAGGCGAGAGAAAAUUGAGAGGAGGCAAGCAGUGGUGGAGACAGAACUCAAGCUAUGGGACCCUCAUAAUGACCCCAAUGCACAAGGAGAUGCCUUCAAGACAUUGUUUGUUGCACGAGUGAACUAUGAUACUACAGAGUCCAAGCUUCGUCGUGAGUUUGAGGUCUAUGGCCCCAUCAAACGGAUUUACAUAGUCUACAACAAGAGGACGGGAAAGCCACGGGGCUAUGCAUUCAUUGAGUAUGAGCAUGAGCGCGAUAUGCACUCUGCCUACAAGCAUGCAGAUGGGAAGAAGAUUGAUGGCAGAAGAGUGCUGGUGGACGUGGAACGAGGACGCACUGUGAAAGGAUGGCACCCUCGUAGGCUAGGUGGUGGAUUGGGUGGCACUAGGAGAGGUGGAGCUGACGUAAACAUUAAGCACUCUGGCCGAGAUGAUGCAUCACGAUAUGAUGAUCGUCCCUUGGGAGGUGAUCGGGACCGUGGAGAGCGGAGGGAGCGCAGCCGGGAGCGCGACCGGGACAAGGACAGAGACCGCAGAAGGUCCCGAUCCCGCGAACGGCGUCGACGUACCCGUUCCCGGGAGCGAGAGAGGGAGAGAGACAGACAGAUUGGAGGGGAGGACAGCAGCAGUAGUAGCCGCCGUCGAGAGCGGGAGAGGGACCGUGGGGGAGCAGCAGGAGACAGCAGAAGUAGGGAGAGGAGUCGAGAACGGAAGAGAAGGAGCAGGAGCCGGGAUCGCAAGAGAGACAGGGAGAGAGGCAAGGGGCUGGAUGGGGAGGAGGUCAGCCAGGGAGACGCCGCCCCCGAGGGUGGGGAGCGGAUGCUGGAGGAACAUGAAGGAGAAGUAGGUGAGGGCAUGGAGGAGCGUAGAGACAGGGACAGAGAAAGGGACAGGGACCGCAGGCGUAGUCACAGGGACAGAGAUAGACGCAGGGGAGACCGGGACAGAGACAGGGAGCACAAGAGGGAGCGGGGGGAGAGAGACAGGGGGGACCGUAGAGAAGAGCGCCACAGCUCCCUACGAGAUGACAUGGGUCCCCAAGAUGACAUGGGCAAUGAGGAUGAAGGAGGAGCGCCGCCACACAUGGAGGAGUAUAGUCAGGAUGGGAUGAUGAUGGACCAGCAGUCAGUGCCAUCGGCCGAUGGCUAUGGCUCCAGUGAAAAUGGCUACAAGGUGGAGGCACCAGGAGACGAAUACUGAGAUGGCCCCUCUCCCAACAGACGCCCACUCAAAUAAGUUGUAUCAUAAUAUAUUUUAACUUUCUGCCAAGGCACAGGAAACCUUAAUGAUGUCGGGGCCUCAGUACCAGACAUCUAGCUAGCUUUCCUCAUGUCUGUCAAAAAUCUGUUGGAAUACUCCACUUAAUAAUGUCGCACGCAUGGUUGAUGCAUAUAAAUGAUUUGAUCUCACUAAAGUUGCAUCUUUCCUGCAUUGCCCAACUAAUCUGUGCCAGUAAAUUUUAACAGAUUAUUUAGUGAUUAAAGCUAGGUAUGUAUUUUUUUUCUUUUCACUUGCUUUGGAUGAACUGUAAAAACACAAACUUCAUUCUUUUUCAGAUGGAUAGAGUGUGUUGUCUUUUGUUUCCAGGUUCAUAAAGUUAGAUUGUGCACUCAUUUGGGAUCAAGCGACAAAUUUCUCCACAAUUUAUUUGAAGUUGAAGGAAAUGUAGUAUUGCGUGAAAAUUGAGGGCUGUUCUGUUUAUUCAUUCUGGAAUCUUUUUUUUUUUAAAUUGUCUGCUGGUUGUAUGUUAGAUUGGCUAGUUCAUUUGAAUAAAGAUGUGACUUAAAGCCAGA